AUGGCCAGAGCCUCAUCUUCAAUCUUAAUAUUCCUCCGCCAAAACCCUCGUGCUCUCAAAAAACCCAAUACCCAAAUCCGAUACCUUACCGUAGAAACCAAAGAUUGCGACUUUACAGAAGUUGCCCAACAGAUUUGUAAGAUCAUUAGAACAAAACCCAGAUGGGAGAACACUCUGUCCUCUGAGUACCCUUCUUUAAAUUUCUCUGAUCCUCGGUUUAUCCGUGAGGUUUUGAAGCAGACCAGUGUGCUCCUUUCGGUUCGGUUCUUCUUGUGGUUGAGCUCUCGAAAAGGGUUUUCGCCAGACCCCAUUUCGUGUAAUGCGGUUUUCAAUGCUCUUGUGGAGGCUAAGGCCUGCAGUGCAGCACAAUCUUUUCUUAAGUCUACGGGUUUUAGCCCCGAGCCGGUUUCAUUGGAAAGUUAUGCUCGGUGUCUUUGGGAGGCUGGGAGGAUUAAGGAAGCCUGUGAUGUGUUUGAGAGGUUGAAAGGGGCUGGAGUGUGCCCGUCGAUUGGGACUUGGAAUGCGGCUUUGUCAGGGUGCCUGAAGGCUAAGAGGACAGAUAUGGUUUGGAAGUUGUAUCAAGAAAUGAUGGAAUAUGGUGUUGUAGCUGAUGUUGAGACUGUUGGGUGUCUCAUUCGAGGAUUUUGUGAUGAUAAUGAGGUAUUCAAAGGUUAUGGACUUCUUAGUCAGGUUUUGGAAGAUGGAGUAGUCCCUGGAAAAGCUGCUUUCAAUCGGUUGAUAUCUGAGUUUUGUAAGGAGAAGGAAUAUGCUAAAGUGUCUGAACUCCUCCAUACAAUGAUAGUGAUGAACUGUGCUCCCGAUAAUUUUACUUAUCAGGAGGUAAUCAAUUGGUUGUGCAAGAAAGGAAGGCCAUAUGAGGGUUUUCGGAUUUUCAAUGAUCUUAAGUAUAGAGGCUAUGCUCCUGAUAUUGUCAUGUACACAACCAUGAUUCAUGGUCUUUGUACGAUGGGUUGGCUUGGAGAAGCUAGGAAGCUAUGGUUUGAGAUGAUUGAUAAGGGAUUUCAUCCAAGCAAGUACACUUGCAACACCCUAAUUCAUGGGUUUUGUAAGAGUGGAAUUUUAAAACAGGCCCAGAUGUGCAGGGAGAUGUGUGAUAAGGGAUUUCGUCCUAGCAAGUACACUAACAAUACCAUGAUUCAUGGGUUUUGUAAGAGUGGAAAUUUAGAACAGGCCUGGAUCUUGUGCAAGGAGAUGGGUGAUAAGGGAUUUCGUCCAAGCAAGUACAUUUACGAUAUCAUGAUUCAUGGGUUUUGUAAGAGUGGAAAUUUCGAACAGGCCAGGAUCAUUUGCAAGGAGAUGUGUGAUAAAGGUUUCUGCAAGGAAGGUAAGAUAGUUGAUAGUAUGAACAUAUUCAGAGAGUUCCUCACUCAAGGCUUACGGCCAUCAGCUCAAUCGUACGCCCCACUUAUUGAAGCACUUUGUCAGGUGGGAAGAGUAGAAGAAGUAAAAAGUUUGUGGAGUGAUAUGAAGAAUAAAGGUCUUCAACCAAUUUCCAGCACUCAUGAUUAUAUCAUUAAUGGAUUGUGUGAUCAAGGGAAUGUUGCUGAGGGAAUGGAUCGAGGCCUGGAAUGGUACAUUGAACAAGGAUGGAGACGCCUAGUUGUUAAGACGGACUGUAUGGAGGCAGUGCUUUUGGUAAAUGGGAAUGAUGAAUGCCUUGCUGAGGAAGGUUUGUUGGUUGACAGAAUUAGAUUCUUGCUGGGUUCUGUUGGUGUUCGAGACAUUCAUUAUGUUCCAAGGAGUGCUAAUAAGGCGGCUCAUGAAGUAGCAGGAUUUGUAGCUCGUGAUUUUGGGCGACAUGUUUGGUUAGGAGUUGGGACCUCUUGGCUCAUGGAUGUCAUCUUAGGUGACCGAUUCCUAACUGGUUCGGUUAGUCGGGAGGAGAGUGAGGAUUCAUUGUACCCCGCCGGUCAUUCCCAUAUUUUGUAG